CUACACAAUAGAUGUUCUGCUUUUUGCUCUCACUCAGCAGGAAAUGUCCUCGGCUGUUCAGAGAAACCGGGUGAGAUGUUUCUUAUUAUACCACAAGCCUCCCCCAGCCGAUUCUCAUACCAACACUGUACCAAAAAGCAGAAGUGAUCAGGAGGAUGUUUGCCAGACAGCUCACUUGUGUCCAGGACUAAGCGGUAGCACGUUGCUGUUGUCUGUGAUUCGGUGGGAAACUUAUCCAGUCUCCCCUUCCUUCCCUGGCUGGGAGCAGUCGUCAGCAUGGAGGAUACCACAGCCAUAGUCACCACAGACCAUUGUGCACCAGUCACCAAAGCUGCAAAGCAGCAGGCCCCAGGUGAUGAGGAGGACGAGGAAGCCGGGGGCUGGGACAUAGGAACAGAAAGCUGGAACACACAGAGUGCCGCUUCUGCUGCGAUGAAACUCCCUGUGCUCACGCAGCCUGGCCUGGGGGUAACCACGACAACAGUGACCACCAUCACUCAGACGGGAGGGGACUGGAGCAGCAGUCUGUUCAACGUGUGUGGAGACAGGACCACAUGUCUCUUGGGGGCCUUUGUGCCCUGUUGCUUGGACCUUAGUCUGGCCCACCAGUACGGGGAGUGUCUGUGUCUGCCCCUGCUCCCUGGCUCCACAUUCGCCAUGCGGGUGGGCAUCAGGGAGAGAUACAAGAUACAGGGCAGCGUCUGUGAGGACUGGACUACAGUGAAUUGCUGCUACCCCCUGGCCAUCUGUCAGAUGAUCCGAGAGAUGAAGAGGAGGAUGAAGAGCCAAACCUACAAGGUAUCCACUGCACUAGAGUGCUCUUGACAACAUGGCUGUCUGUGUACUAGAUUCAUUCAUCCAGGUCAGGACCACAUCUUAUUCAUAUUGCAAUAUUCAUGAUCUAACCUUGGUACCUAUAGCAAACUUCGCUUGUGUAUAGAACCUUCUGAGGCAACCUUCUGAGGCAUUCAUUUCAUUGGUGCAUCACUGAUGUCUGCAUAUUACUAUGUCACAGAUGGAUGGAUGAUUACUAUGUCACAGAUGGAUGAUUACUAUGUCACAGAUGGAUGGAUGAUUACUAUGUCCCAGAUGGAUAGAUGAUUACUAUUACAGAUGAAUAUGUCACAUCCGUCCAGAUGGUGAUUAUUACAGGUCUCUAUGGGUGUCCUCAUACUACAGGUGCCCGUUUGGUGUCUUAUGAGAGCCCUCGUGGUCAUUCUAGGGUUUCUGAGGACAUCCCUGUUAAAGACGAGUUGGCAUAUGUAAAAUAAAGUUGGUUAAGUUAAGAAUUAAGUUAAGAAUGUAUUUGGGGAUGGGAACUUGGAGUAGGCUUAGUAUUUGAGCCUAUGUAGGAUGUGGAACAUCAGUGAUACUUUACCAGACAAUGUUCCAUAAAUGUUUGUAAAGUAAAAUAAAAUUCCUAACCAAUUGUAUGAAACCGUCCAUGUAGGCUAAGCCAUUAAAUAAUAAAACCUAUUUGCAUAUUUGUA